AUGGGUUUCGAAUGGACAUCUCUAGGCCGCUGGGCGACCGGAAGAAAGCAUCAGACUCCCACCACUCCCACCGGCAGACACUCGCCGUCCUCGACAACGAACCUCAUCGGCCCGGACUCAGCCACAUCGUCGCCACGAAGUCACCCCUCUUCGGGAUCGGCAACAUCCACGCAAGCCACCGUUUCUUCAACGAACCUCGCCCUCAAGAUCCACACGCAGGGAAUACAAGAGACGCUCGACUGCGUAAGAGGAGGUGAGUCCCCCGAGUCUCUCCUCGCACUUCGCCGGCUGCAACAUGAUGCUGAACGGCGCGCGCGCAGCAAGAGAGGCGAGGCGGAUAUCGUUCUCCGCGCCCUCGCUGUCAUUCGUAAGGUGGCGCCGGGAGCGCCGAGGAUCGCCCAGGCCGAGGACGGGCAGUACCAAUACAAAGACAGCGGUGCUGGAAAAGACAAUGAGGAGGAUGAGAAAGAGGCUCCCCUCUCGGAGACGGCCGGGGGAGUUGGACUCCGGUCGAAACGAGGGGAGACAACGAUUGCUGCGCUUCUACCCGCGUUCAUGCACGAAGACACCCAAGGCUCGGCGAGGUCGAUGAGGCAUGUGCUGGACGCAUACCGCCGCCCUCUAACAUCGAGCAAUGAUUCAUAUGAGGAGAGACGAAGGAAGUCAACUAGUAUCCCGCGUCCCUCUUCCGCUCUCGGCUGGUACGAAGGCGAUGACGACGAGACACUCGCCGAUGGCACUACUGCUCAGUCAAAAAUUGAGAAAGCCACAGUCGAAGAUCAAAAAUCAAAUAGCAUCUUCAGAGAGGCAGAGCUCCUUCAAAUGCACCGAGAAAAACAAAUCAAUAAACAUCCCACGAACGUCGACUAUUCUGGACGAACCCAUCUCGCGGCCAACGCCCAUUACCUCAACGGGAGUCAUGUUUCCUCCCAAACCAUGGGCCAUGGAAACACUCAGGUGAACUCAGACUACAUGCCCUUUCAACCGCCUAGGUCGCAUCCGGAACCCGAAUACCCCCCUCUUCAGGUCAAAGCUGGCGAGGACCCCUCCCCUACCACGGCGGACACUGAUAUCGACGAUAUCCUUGACAUAUACUCCAAUUCUGGCGAAACCCAAGGCGACGCUCACUCAUCUCCACCCCCGGAGGCCCUUGUCCGAGGAGUUGAUUUCCCACCUUUCUUCCCCAACACAACGAACGCCCAGGGGCCUCUCAACGUAAUCAGAGCAGGCCUCUCUCUACCGCCAGCGGCAUCCUAUAUUGAUAUCCAGGAAAAGCUUGCUCGGAAUUCAACGAUAAUUCGAUAUCUAGCUCUUCAUAUCAUCCCCGCGCCGGACAUCAACCCCAUAGAAUACGUCACAGAUCUCUCAGAACCGUCUCUCGAGUCUGGGACUAGAAGGAGAGGAUAUACCCGUCUUCUACAGGCCAUACGCUCCGUAUACUGGGAUUCGGGCUCUAUAAACGACAUGCUCACCGUCGUCGACUCGCUCUGCCCUCCAAACUCCACUUCCCGCAGGCGACAGGGGUGCGAUCUCGCUGUGUUCCGUAAAAUCAAAUCUGCGGACGCGCAGCUAAAAGGGUGUCUUACAGCAACGCAAGCUCACCACCUCGACAGGUUAGGUUUUCCGCUGGUCGAUGUGGUUUCCAUGCCUGAUCUCCCCAAAGUCAUUAGCCAGGGACUCGCAGGGAGGUUACUUGAAGCAGCAGAGUCUGGGGCGCUGGGUAUCGCGAGGGAGUGUAACCUUCUUGACGAAGAGGGUGCGCUGCUUGAGCUCCUUUCCGAGCCGGGAGAGCGACCAUCUGACAAGGCAGGUAAGAAGAGCAGGGCUGUUGGGCAGCCGAGCGGGCUACGGUGGUGCGUGAACGUCGACCAGCUCCCAGAAGUUGGCAAUGAGGAACGAAAUGAGGAAGGCAACAGUGAAACAUGCUCCCCGAACAUGAUUCUCUUAUCAAGCUGCAGGAGCGCUGAGGAGAUUCAAGACGUGUGGCGAGAGGGCACGCAGAUGACGGAGUCAAGACUGAAAGAGCUCGAAACAUUCUUCCUGGGCAUUGGCAGCAGUGUUGUGACCUCUACCAAUUAUGCCCCCGAAAAAGCCGCUCUUGCAACCACAGCGAGUCAAAGACCUAAGCUUGCGAGAUCAACUGGAAGCUUUCGAGCGUGUGACGAUGACGGUUGCAUUCUGGUCAAUGCGGAUACCAUGAUGGACCCCAAAUUGCAACGCUUCUUCAAGGAUAUCGGGCUGGCGCCGCUCGACUGUAGCCCAGAAACACUCGAAAACCCCGCGCUGCACCGCUUUGUUGAAGAAACAACUAAGCAUCAGGUUUCUUUCAAGGGGGGUAAAUCCUGGGGGGUGAAUUUGGGCGGCAUGUUACACGGUUAA